GGUAACUAAGGACUGCGUUACAGAGUUCUCAACCGCAUCCACAAAAAGUGUACUGCUGCACGAGGAUCUUCCUUAGCAACCGUGGAUAAACAUGAGUUAUUACAGCAUAAGAUACGAGAGCCCUGGACUAGCAUUCCUGUAGCCGCAUCCAUGGACACUGUAAAGAAUGGGGGAUCUCAGCCUGUCUACAGCCGCUGGUCAUACAGACCCUCCAGCUCUGCUAGCUUCUCCUCUAACUCAACAGCAAGUGGCAUUGAAGAGGACAGUGCCAGUCUUAUGCAGCAGAAGCUGGAAAAACAGAGGGCACUGCUGGAGCAGAAGCAGCGGAGGAAGCGUCAGGAACCUCUGAUGGUCCAGCCCAACACAGAAGCUCGGCCCCGGCGCUCCAGGACACGGCGUGGUGAGGAGCAGGCCCCUCUGGUAGAGUCUCAACUCAGUAUCACCAACGAUGUUAUCAUGGAUGGUAUUGAUGGCCCAGCAGCUUUUUUGGGCUCAGACGCCCCUGAUCUGGGAAUGAAAAUCCAAAUCCUGUCAGUGAGCCAGUCCCAGUCCCAGUCUCAGUUCCCAUCACAGCCCCAGUCCCCCACUGCUGAGGAGUCUGAGAGGGAUGGAGACACUGAGACGCUGCUAGAGCCCAAGACAGAUAUCCAUGAAUUACUGCAGAAACAAGGUCUGUGUGGCAGUAUGAACUUUGAUGAAGCCAGCGAGCAUGAGGAUAAUGUGGAGGAGGAACGGACACGUUCUCUGUCCCCUAACACAGACGCCACCAGACCCGCCUCUGCCGCCAGUGGCAAGGACAUUCCAGAGGUGGUAACCCCCGGAUCACCCACAGCAGACAGCGCACUAAUUGAUGUGGCCAAUCUAGAGGAGUUUGUCUUUCAUCCGGCUCCACGUGGUGUCACUGUUAAAUGUCGAAUCACCCGUGACAAGAAGGGCAUGGACCGCGGCCUCUACCCCACCUACUUCAUGCACAUGGAGAGAGAGGACGGCAAGAGAGUGUUUUUGCUGGCAGGAAGGAAGAGAAAGAAGAGUAAGACAUCCAACUACCUUAUUUCAGUAGAUGCCACUGAUCUGUCACGAGAGGGAGAGAGCUUCAUAGGUAAACUGAGGUCCAACCUCAUGGGCACCAAAUUCACAGUGUAUGACAACGGCACUAAUCCCUGCAAAAACCCUGGGGCACUGCUGGAAGAGAGCAACACACGACAGGAACUGGCUGCCAUCUGCUAUGAAACCAACGUGCUGGGCUUUAAAGGACCACGUAAGAUGACUGUAAUCAUACCGGGCAUGAACAUGAACUUUGAAAGAGUCCCUGUUCGGCCUCAAAAUGAGCAGGAGAGCCUCCUGAGCAGAUGGCAGAAUCACUCACUGGACAACCUGAUUGAGUUGCACAAUAAGGCCCCUGUGUGGAACGAUGACACGCAGUCUUAUGUGCUGAACUUCCAUGGCCGCGUUACCCAAGCUUCAGUCAAAAACUUUCAAAUAGUCCACGACAACGACCCUGACUACAUCGUCAUGCAGUUUGGCAGAGUGGCUGAAGACAUCUUCACUCUGGACUACAACUAUCCCAUGUGUGCUCUUCAAGCCUUUGCCAUUGGCCUGUCGAGCUUUGACAGCAAGUUGGCUUGUGAAUGAACUACCAGUUUUACUUCCACACCACCACCUUUCCUGUCCUCCCUCAAGUCUCUUCUUGCAGGACUGUUUGGAAGCCGACAGCGACACUGCUUACAUCAUCAGGGAUUAGUUCAUACAGAAGUCAAAAAACAAACAUGAGACUGAAAAAAGAACAAGAGGAUGCUGAUCAGAGAUGUCGGUGCUCUGUUGGCCAAUCCAACAACCCUCUUGGUUCCUGUGCGGUGUUUUUUCAUGCCAUUUUAAUGAGGUUAUUUCAAUAUCAGUUUAACCAUUUUGUACAGUGUAUGUGUACUUGUACACAUGUAUGCAAACUAAAAGGGAAAAGACUAAGCGACACACACCACUCUCAUCUGUGCUUGAGACAUGCGACAUCUGGUGCAAAAAGAACUGAUGGUAAAUUUAUGAUUGAAUCAUUGUUUGAAGGGCAGUGAUAUGUGUAUUAAUUAUGUAUUUUCUGUUGCCUUUAAAUUUGAUUUCUUUCAGUGUUUUUUGCCCCACUAGCUGAAGAAUGGCAAUGUCAGCUGUCACUCUACGGAGCAUAAAUGAUUUUGAAUUACAUAACAUGGCCUUUCCCCUGGCGCCACCCUCAGGCCAAACUUUGGAGUUAUUUAGUAAUAAGGAACCAACAAUCUUGUCUGGUAAGUAAUGGGCAUCACAGUCUCAGCGCUAGCAUGGCGACAGAAUUUCAGUCUUGUUUACAUCUUUAAAUGUUUCUACAUGGUUUAAUCUGACAUUUUGAUUUUCUUUUAUCAUCAUGUUGUCAUCCCUCUUUUUAUUCUUGUGUGGAAGGUGCAUUAUUCAGAAGAGGCCUGUCUUGUGGUUUUUGUGAAUAAGUGUAAUUUUUAUCUUGUGACUGUGAUUUUUCUUUGUCAUAACAAGUUGGAUUAUCAUGAAACAUAAAUGCAGAAUUGCACAUUUAAACAUAAAGGAUAUACAUACUGUAUAUAAGAUAAUGCCUUCUUAUUUGAUCUAUUCUAGCAGUCUUUAAACAACAUAAAAUGCUAAAUGCCAUUUCAAGACAUGGGAUUUUAAAAUCAUGGAUAGAAGUUAAGCAUUAAUACACUAGACAGUUUAUAUUGUCAUUGGUACACAGAUACAGAAGUCACCCCAGAAUUUGUUUGUAUGAAGAGAAACUACAAGAAAUCUACUGUAUCUACUCUGAGUAUUCAAGAUAUAAGUGACAUUUUGUGUUGAGAUGGAGUUGGAGCCAAGUUUGUACAGCCCACAUUUUGUCUGUCUCAAUGCCUCACAAAUAUAACUGCUUGUGUCUCUUCAUCUCCAUCUCCUCCCUUUUGAAUUAAUAUGGAAACUUAAGGGAAAUCAAUAAGGGAUAGUAUCCUUUACGUGGCUUUACAUUAUUAAAUGUAUUAAACAUAAUGUUUUGUUAAUUAAAUGUACUGUAAGUCUGUGAUGGACAUGUGAAAACGUAACUGAAAACAUCUGUAUAGUACAUACAUCUUGUGGGUCAUUAUUGCUACACAGCCAACCGUAAAGAAUUCAGUCACAAUUACUUUAAUUCAGUCUAGUCUGGACCCUUUAAAGAACAAGGGUUCAGUGGGACAUCCUGCUGAAGAUGCUUUUCAGGGGUAGAUAUAAUUGCUUCUUGAAUAAGGUGUUUCCUGCUCAGAAAUCCCCCUUAACAUGCAAACAAACAGAUUCCAAUACCUGGUUAAGUUUCAAAAUAACUGUGUGCCAGGAAUUUAUGAAAAUCAUGUUUUGUCAUUUUGUGUGCAAUGGAGUUUUGAAGAGAGAAAAAUGAUUCAUUGAAAACAUUUUGAAAUAUAUAUGCUUUUACUACAAGAGACUUUGGUGAAACACAUUCCAGUCUGACAUUUGAAAAACAUACAAUCAGGUAUAUGGCUGUAUUUGAACAGAUUAAAAUAAAACAAUGGAUGAUCAAACUUGUUUAUCAUGUUAAAAUACAGAGAGAUGAAUGUAUUCAGUAAACAGUUUAUUUUCCUAAACAUGACAGAUGUCAAUUUGAUUCAGAACACCUUUGAGAGAAAAACAAAACUACUUAUUUCCAUCGAUGUAAAAUGUUUGAAUAACCAAAAUAAAAGUGCUUCGUAAGUUUGAACUACA